AAUGGGACAUGCUGUCCCUAGGACGCCAACACAGGAUAAGACGUGGGAGCCUACAGACUAUCCUGAGGCAGGAACCUUUGUCUACACUGCCUCCAGCUUGAACGUUCCCCAUCCCCUCGAGUGGAAGACAAUUCGACCCAAGCUCAGACAUAUGUCAGAGCCAACUCAAUCGGAGGGUGAUAUGAAACCUUCCAGUUCAAAGACUGAUAUCGUCGAAGCCUCUAGUAGCACGCUUCAGUUCGGCGAAGGUUCGCAGGACGUAUCGCAGAAUACAGUUAGACUAGCUCCUCAGGAGAUGAUUCCAGUCGGUGUAUAUGGGCAGGAUAAGGAACGGUUACCGAGGGAAAAGACGCAUGUUAAAGGCCGUGGUCAAGACCAUAUUUCAGAAGCUCAAAAGGCACCGGUAGCGUUUGAAAUAAGAAAGAGAAGAAGAGUCCAAAACGAUUCCGUUACUGAACCUCCACCUAAAAGAAAAAGGGGCCGUCCCCCCGGUUCUAAGAACAAACGUGUAGCCAACCCAGAGUCCACACAACAACUUGGUGAUCAAGGGAGACCUGACGUCAAGAUGGUGGGCAUUAUGGUCAAGUCUACUCGAUCUGGGCCGGCUACAUCAUGAAGAUGUAAGCCAGGAUACACCAACGAAUUCGUCCUUUCUGCCUAAUAGGAAGUAGGCAUGAGGCAUGUGACGGAUCGAGUGAAGCACGUACAGAGUUGGUAAUGAACCUAGAUACACUUGGGUCAGAACAUGGGAAACGAGGCGAGUCCAAGUAUCCUAUUGUGUAAAAUCAUGUAGGAUGGAAAUACGUGCUCAAGCCAUACCGGGCCAAAUGCCAAGGCGCUCUUAUCUAAACUCUCAAAGGUCAUGCGAAAAUAGCCCCAACGACAAACCUAUCUCGUCCAACGUAUUUACCAUAAACUAUCCGUUUGCGACAAGCCAAUGGGAGCUUCUGCUCAAUUUGUUGAGGAUCAAUAAGACCAUUAAUCCACU